AUGGAUGGUUUACCAGAAGACCUAACAGGAAAUGAUUUAACAUUUUAUAAAUAUGCACCAGUAACAUCAACAGACGUCGAAAGAAGUUUUUCUCGUAAAGAUUUUUCUGUUUCUCAUGGUGGCUUAUCUGAUAUUAAACAACAUGAAAAUAGCAAUCUACACAAAACCAACAGUAAGUCCGUCGCUUCAUCUCAAAUAUUAAAUACAUUUUUCAUCAAGCCUAAUACUAUAGAAUCUCAAAAAAUUGCUUUGGCUGAAUUAAUUAAAGUUUAUCAUAAUAUAAAACAUAAUUUAUCAUAUAAUUCAUUGGAUUGUUCUUUGAAACUAAUGCCAAAAUUGUAUCCUGAUUCUGGAAUAGCUAAAAAAUUAGCCUGUGGUCGGACAAAAGCAGAAAGUAUCACAACUAAUGUUUUGGGACCCAAAGCAGAAUCAAUUGUAGUAUCUGAUCUUCAUGAUUAUAUUUAUGAUAAAGUAUAUUUUUCAGUUGCAACUGAUACAUCCAAUAAAGGCAAUCGUAAAAUGUAUCCAAUAUGUGUACAAUAUUUUUCAUUUACUGAUGGACGUCAAACAAAACUCUUAGAUUUUUUCGAAGAACCGUCUGAAACUGCGGAGUCAAUAUGUAAAUCAAUAACUUCAGCAUUUAGUGCUGAUAAAACCAAUGCUAAUUUUGGAAAACAUAAAUCUGCAUAUACACUUUUACACAAUGAAAACAAUAAAUUAAUUAAAUCUGAUUGUUUGGCUCACAUUAUUAACAAUUAUUUUAAACAUGGCUUACAAAAAUUAGACUUUGAUAUAGAAACAGUAGUAUUAAAAAUAUAUAGUCAUUUCUCUUCAUCUGCUUCAAGAAGAGAAAAUUUAAAAAGUUUUUUUUAUUUUGCUCAAGUUGAUUGGGAAGAACUGGUGAAACAUGUACCAACUAGGUGGUUAUCUCUUGGUCCAGCAAUUGACAAGAUCUUAAAAUUUUAUCCAGCCUUAAUAUCAUAUUUUAUAUCAAUAGGAGACGAAUGUCCAAAAGUUCUUCAAAAAUUGCUAUCGAUAAAUGCAGAUACUGAUACAGAUCAAGAAAAUUAUCUUUAUACUAAAACCUAUAUAUACUUAACUUUUUGUGCAAAUGUGGUUCAAAUUUUUCAACAAACUAGUAAACGAUUACAGAAUAUGGACAAUUCUGCUACAGAAUUGUAUGAAAUAAUGGAUUAUUUAAAAACUAAUCUCACAGAAAGAUUGGAGCAACAAUUUUUUGGAGCACAUUUUAUUUCAUGCAGUCAACAUAUACAAGCCAACACAGUGGCGUAG